UUGUAUCUCGUCCAGCCAAUCAAACGACGUAUUCAGACUCCAGGGGCGGUAUUUUGUUUUCCUGCAUUCCGCUGUGUUCGUGUGUGAUUGUCUGUUUCGAAGAUUGAAAAUCAAAAGAGUCAAGCAUGUCUUCCGGCGCACUGUUUCCCAGUCUGGUGUCGGGGUCACGGGGCUCCUCCAGUAAGUACCUGGUGGAGUUCAGGGCUGGGAAGAUGACCCUGAAAGGCAGCACUGUGACUCCUGACAAACGCAAGGGCCUCGUCUACAUCCAGCAGACUGACGACUCUUUGAUCCACUUCUGCUGGAAGGACAGGACCACUGGCAACGUGGAUGAUGAUCUCAUCAUUUUCCCUGAUGACUGUGAAUUCAAGAGGGUAACUCAGUGCACUACUGGCCGAGUAUAUGUGCUGAAGUUCAAGGCAGGAUCUAAGAGACUGUUCUUUUGGAUGCAGGAGCCAAAAUCCGACAAAGAUGAGGAGUAUUGCCGUAAAGUGAAUGAAUACCUCAACAACCCCCCGAUGCCUGGGGCUCUGGGGAGUGGAGGCAGUGGAGGCCACGAGCUCUCCGCUUUAGGAGGAGAAGGUGGCCUGCAGAGCCUUCUGGGUAAUAUGAGCCAUAACCAGUUGAUGCAGCUGAUUGGACCAACAGGGCUUGGAGGACUCGGUGGGCUUGGUGCUCUUGCUGGGCCCGGGCUGGCGAGUCUGCUGGGCAGUGGAGGGCCGCCCACAAGCAGUUCCUCCUCCAGCCCCACACAGCCCAUCCAGCUCAGCGACCUGCAGAGCAUCCUGGCUACCAUGAACGUCCCAGCCAUGGCGGCAGGCGGACAGGGGGUGGACCUGGCCAGUGUGCUGACACCAGAGGUCAUGGCUCCUAUAUUAGCUAAUGCUGAAGUGCAGCAGCGGCUGCUGCCAUACCUACCCUCAGGAGAGUCUCUCCCCCAGACUGCGGAGGAGAUCCAGAACACGCUGACUUCGCCACAGUUCCAGCAGGCUAUGAGCAUGUUCAGCUCGGCAUUAGCUUCAGGACAGCUGGGUCCUCUCAUGAGCCAGUUUGGACUGCCCACAGAGGCUGUCGACGCUGCAAACAAAGGAGAUGUGGAAGCAUUUGCAAAAGCAAUGGAAGGCGAUGGUAAGGCAGAAAAAAAGGAGGGGGACCCCAAGGACAAGAAGGAUGAUGAAGAAGAUAUGAGUUUGGAUUAGGUAUUGCUGAUGGUAUCCACGCCUGCAUCCCAUUAUUACAUGCUAGGGCUUGCGAGUCCACCUAUGUGUGUCUAGAAGAUUUACUUCAUUGUUCUUUAUAAAUGUUCCAAGCUUGGCGCAAAUAAAUAGUCUUCAAACAGCACGAAAGAUGUUUACAUUGUUUUGUAAAUAGUGAAAAUUCUUUACUUUGGGGGGGGGGGGAUAUUAUUGCUUGCAAAAUGACAUGCUCUUUCAAGCCACAACACUAUCCUGUUCCUGGCACAGAGCAGGAACGAUUGGGUUUUUGUGCUUUAUUUAUGCUGAAGGCAGUACUACCUAUAAAAAUAAAAUAACCAUUAUUGUAACCAUGUACGGGAUUGUCCUUGUUAUCCAAAACAAGUUUUAUUCAUUUUAGAGUGUGUUAUAGUUAAUGCAUUGCUAGUUCUGUCACACUGGGGAGAAAAAAUGAAUAACAGACUCCAUAUUUUCUUAGUCACAAGGAUUUUUAUUUGGACGAUUUGGAUAACCACAAGCUUAUCAACUCUGUACUCUUGAUUUGGGAAUGGCAUUUGAUUUGAUUUGUUUCAGGUUGAAAUAAAAAUGACAUAUAUAGA